UUUAUACUUAUCUAUAUCCGAAUGGUAACAUAUCAUUUUACUACGAAAAGAUACCUAAUGAAAUCGUUCCCAGUGAAAUUACUUCGGAGAUUUGGAAUGAUUGGAUCUGUAGAGACAUUGGACUGAGUGGUGAUGUAAGUGGAACACACAGCAUUCGGAAUAAAAUAGAAGUUCCGAAAUCGCUAAUCAAAUCUCGCACAUUAGUGCAGUUUCAACCAAUGCCAAAAGUUUGUUUCAAGCAACAAUCAAAUGAAAGUUGCUUUGACGCAACCACAUCUAAAUUUAAAUGUUAUUGGUGUCCGACUAUCAGCAAAUGUAGCACUGGUCAAGAUAUUCACAUCCAGAAGUGGUUAGAAAACGACUGUUAUAAAACGAAUAUUUCUCAACCUCAACUGCAAACAACUACAACUUUCAACCUAAUCGACGAUACUACUUCAAGAAAUGCGGACGAUAACAAGG